CUCAGCGCGGCUCGGUGCUCACGAUUCGCCGCUUAGCGAGAUGUCCUUCUCCCUGUUCAAGCGCGAGUCGGCGGGCGAGAUCCACAUCGAGCCGGCCGACUUCGAGUGGCUAAGCGACUAUUUGCACCAGGACGAGCGGAUCUCCACCUCGCCGGUCCUGCCGCUGCCGUCGCAAACGCUUCUAGGCGGAAGCAAGCACCUGAGUGAAAAGCAAGCGCUGCUCUCGCCGCUGUCGCCAGCCUUCUUCAAGCUUGACCGCGGAGACGACCCCUCCGUCUCCCUGCGCAAGGCGGAGUGGCGGCCCGACGAGGACCUCGUCAUCCUCGCAACUUUCCGCCGCCUCGGCACGCAGUGGGGCCGGAUUGCUGCCCAGCUGCCCGGCCGGACGUCGGACGGAGUUCGGAACCGGUGGCACAGGCUGUAACGGAGGCACGGACUCGGUGAGUCGCUCGAGGGCCGCCGCGCGCUCGACGAGCUGCUGCUUUCGUGCGGGAUCGACAAGAACUGGAUGCCGCCGUCCGACCCGCUCGUGUCGCUCGACGAGGAUGAGAAGAAUGCCGACCACGGGCGCACCAUGUGGACGACGGAGGAGGACGCGAUUAUUCGCGAGGGCGUGCGCCAGCACGGCUUCAAGUGGCGCCAGAUCGCCGCCUCGCUGCCCGGCCGCUCCGACUCGUCUGUCCGCAACCGCUGGAGGCGGCUCGAAAAAGAGCAAGGAGGCGCCAGCCCAGACUCAAAGGUGGAGGGCGACGAGUCCGCCGGCGAGGGCUCGCCCGCCUCGCCCGCGCUCUCGCCCCUUCGCGCCGACUCCGCCGCCGCCGCCGCCGCCGAUUCGCAGCUCUUCAGCCCUCCCAAGCGGCAGCGCACCGUGGACGCUGCCAUGCCGUCUGGCGCCGCCGCAGCGGCAGUUCCCGUCGGCCCACCGAUCCGCCGCGCCGUCACCGCGCCGGCGGGGGCGGGGGCGCCGCUGAGGCCACGCCCGGCGCCCGUCCGCGUCGACAGCGACCUCGUCGACCUCGUCAACGUGGCGGUCGAGGAGGAGUGGUCGCCGCUGCGCGAUCUGGCGCGCACUCUCGAAGACUUCCCCGACUACGCGCCGGGCGAGCCCUCCACGAGCGGCGCACGCGAGCCGUCGCCGUUCCGCGACCAGUCCAUCAUGUCGGCGCUCAGCUCCUCCUCCACGGCGGUCAACUCUGACCACGACGACGACGACGACGCCGACGGCGCGAAUCGCAAGCGUUUCCGGCCGAUGUGGACCGGCGAGGAGGACAUGUUCAUCGUGCGCUACGUCGAGCAGCACGGACGGCUCUGGUCAAAGAUCGCGGAGCUGAUGGAGGGCCGAUCGCACCGCGCCGUCCGCAACCGCUGGCUACGCAUGCAGAAGGGCCAGGCCACGCGCGAGAAACGCGGCCCCGACAACGGCUACCGCUGCCGCCGCUGUGGCGAGCUCAAGCUGGGCCACAUCUGCUCUGCGGGCAUGGCGACGCCGCCCAACCCGCCCUCGUUCAACCUGUGACUUGAGCACACCCUGCAACUAUUGUCCGAGGCCGACGCCGCGCGGUCCCGGACUCUGAUCUCGGCCGCCCGAUCUAUGCGACCCAACCUCGAGCGACAUCGUCAACAUCCAUGGUAGAUCGACCUCCGCCGAGACCUUUCUACGUCCGCGGCUCUCUCUCCCUCUGUCAAUACUCUCUGUCAGAACCCCUUCGCCCAUCGAGGCGGCCAUCGCGACCCGGACCCUCAACCCGGCGAGCUCAAGCUGGACCCUCAGCCCGGCUCGCGAUGGAUUCAAUUAAUCCGCUCUCCCCCCCUCCCCCCCCUGGGCCUGGCGGCCGAGCGCGGGCGGGUGAGUUCUUUAGUUCUUUUGGUUUUGCGCGUCGAGCCUGUCUCUGCUGCGUGA